AAUGGUUCGAAAAGGUCGUACAUGGAGAAAAAGAUACUCAACAAAGGAAAGACUGUUUAAGAACUUGGCUCUGGACAAUGAUAUAAUUUCAUUAUCAAUAUGGAUGCAAUCUAGAGGGUUUAGAAACAAAUCUUUGGUUCCCGCCGUUUUUCAAAAUACUGGUAGAGGAAUUAUGGCCCGAAAAAGGAUAACAGAUAUAAUAAUUCAGGUUCCAGAAGGACUCAUAAUAACAACUAGAACAAUUUUGAAAAGUGGUCUCGGUCCUUUUUUUCGCAAGAAAGCGAGGCAAUUUUCAUCCUUAGAAGCUUUAUGUUUAUUUCUUAUUUAUGAAAGAUCUUUAGGAGACGAGUCUAUCUGGCAUUUUUAUAUAAGAACUUUACCAGAAGAAUAUUCUAUUCCAACGUAUUGGACAGAGGAAGAACUUGAUAUUUUACCUAAAUCGUUGCGUUCCAAAGUUAACACGGAAGUAAAACAAGUUCAAAGGCUAUACGAACGUUGCUUGAGAUUAGGGGGUAAUCUAUCAACUUUCCUACGUGCAGAUCUAACGUGGAAUGAUUUUAAAUGGGCUUGGUCUGCUAUAAAUACGAGGUGCAUCUAUAUGAAAACCUACAGCGGUGAUUAUUUCUUAGAUGAUACUAAUCAUCUUGCAUUAAUACCCUAUCUAGAUUUGUUAAAUCAUUCUGAUUCCGCAAUGAUUGAAGCAGGAUUUAAUAAGGAUAAAAAUUGUUAUGAAAUAAAAACCCUUAAAACCUAUAAUAAAUAUGAUCAAGUUUUUAUCUCCUAUGGUUCUCACGCAAAUGCAAAAUUAUUACUUGAAUACGGAUUUGUUAUUCCAAGUAUUCAAUUUGACGCUGUCGAAUUUGACUUUAACUUUAUAAAAGGAAUGUUUGAUAUAGAUGAUGAAUUAUUCGAACGUUUGACGAGAGAAGGAUUUAAUGAGUUAGUUCCUGUUAUUAAGAGAAUUAGCUAA